AUGUCCUCUGUGAGCCCUCGGAAGUCAAUCGAUAGUCUUGCCUCGGGCGCUUCUACACCGUCCUUAUCUCAGUAUUCGUUCAAUCAGAUUGAAUCUCCCCGGGUACCGCCCCAGAGAUACCCCCUGAGACGGGGUUCGACCGCAAGUUCCAUUGUGAGCAUUGGAGGGAUCCUCGACUCGUCGUCCCGUCAUGGGUCAAUCGCCGAGUCCGGACAGAAUGCUAUUUCGACACUUCUCCAGCCUCCAAUUGUCCGCACUGGACUCGUUCCCCACAGUGCCGUAACCACCUCCGGAUACAAACCCCCAAGCUCGCGCGACAUCCCCCCGGUCACGCUGACCAACAUUCCUCGAGUUGAUCCAAAAGCUUUCGAACCGUAUUUGUCCCAGGUUGGCUCUCUGUACGAUGUUUUCCAACAGGCAAAGGAAGGGACGGGAGAUCAGGAAGCGCAGCUGGCGCGGGGCGGUGGUAAAACCUCCCCUCGACCAGAGGAGAAUGAUACGUUGAUGCCCCGGCCUAUGGAGCGGCGACCCUCGGCGAUAUCUACCAGUUCCCGCGCAAGUUCACCGUAUGACACGAGAGGUCGAAAGCGCUCUUCGGGUCGCGGCCGCGGCCAUGGCGUCACCCCGCUGUCCACCAUCCCUCCGGUAUAUUUCGAGGAUGAUUUCCAUCUCGAGAACCCGCGGACAUUCGAUGUGGUGUCUGAGAAGUCAGAAGUUGUCACGCCGCCGAAGAUACCAGCCAAGGAUGGACAAACGGAGAAUGGAACGGUGGUAGAGCCCGCGCAGGGGAGGAAAGCUCUCGCCACGAAUGCGAUCCUGCAAGAGAAACUCUCAUGGUACAUGGAUACAGUGGAGAUCCAUCUUAUCUCGUCAAUCUCAACAGCGUCCAAGUCAUUCUUCACGGCAUUGGGGUCGCUGCGCGAACUGCAUUCCGAAGCUGCAGACUCGGUGAAGCGGAUCCAAGUGUUGCGGAAAGACCUCCAGAAGAUCGAUCGUGAAAUGGCUCUCGGUGGACUGAAGAUAGUUAACUUGCGGCGCCGCAGAGAGAAUGUGCGAAUGCUUGCGGAUGCGGUAUCUCAGCUUCUGGACGUGGUCCAGUCGGUCUCGCGGUGCGAAGAGUUGGUCGACAACGGGAACAUCGAGGAGGCUGCAGAUGGGCUGGAGGAGGUGGAGAAGCUUAUGGCUGGAGAGCAUACGCUGGCUAGUUCUGGAGACGCCGAUGAAUCGCAAGAGCACCCGCGGCGGCCGAUCGACUUGCGACGGCUCAAAGCUCUCGACGGAGCAGCUGAUGAUCUGGCUCAGCUCCGAAAUCGAAUCGGGGUUGGCUACGAAACCCGAUUCUUGAGUGAUCUUCUCGGUGACUUGCGACAGCAUGUAGAGAAUGUGCCUCUGGAUGCUACUUUACAGCGAUGGGGUUCUUCCUUCCAACGGCAACGCGGCGCUCCGCGCACUGGCGCGGCGUCGACGCCUGCAUAUAUGAAUUUUGACGACCAACUGCGGUCGCAAUUGCAUUUACACCUUGCUGGCCUCGCCCGUGCGCGCCAUACGACACCCGCUGCGACCGCCUUCAAGUCGGCCGUCAUUCGUGAAAUGAAGGGCCUGAUUCGGAAGCAUAUGCCGAGCUCCAGCGAUGACGAUAAUGAGUCGAUGGUCUCCGUUGCCACACAUCGAUCCCAACAACGUAGCCAGCAGGAGAAAUCAUCAAUUCUUGCCCGGAACCUUCGCGCUUUAGACGCUGAGGAUGCAUAUAACAUGCUUGCACAGGUAUACGCUGGCAUUAGCGAGGCGUUACGGAGACUGAGCGUUCAGGUCAAGGUUCUUCUUGAUAUCGCCAGUGGCCUGGGAACCCCGCCGCCGGCUGGCAGCAAGUCCAGCCCCGACCCCCAAGGUGGCUCCGAUCGACGAGCUGCCGCUACUGUACUUGCUCAAGACGAGAUCUUACAGGUGCUGGAUAUGUCGAGUCUGCUUGGAAUGGCGGUUGAUACCGCUCAGCAGCAGGUGAACAAAGUUUUGAAAGUGCGCUCGGAGCAGACAUCUUCUCUGACGAAAGAGGAAUUUGUCAAGUACUUCACCCUCAACCGUCUCUUUGCGGACGAAUGUGAAGCCAUCUCUGGGCGGAGCGGGACAGCCUUGAAGACGUUAGUGGGCAAUCACAUCCGGGACUAUAUCAAUCGUUUUGGCGAUACUCAACGACACCGAAUCAUCCAAGUUAUGGACGCGGACCGAUGGGAUGCGAAAGACUUUGGCGAGGCUGAGGAUGCCAUCUUGAAACGGAUCCUUGACGCCAGCACGAAGGAUAUUGAGUCGUGGGUAGAUGCCUCGAAGAUCUGGAUGGCCAAGGAUAGCAACCACAAGAACUCGUCGGAGCAGUCUCUUGUGAACGGGUCAGGGAAGGAGAAGGUCCGCAGUGCGGAGAUCGACGAGCAGAAGUACAUUCUCUCAGAAUCCGCCAUGGCUAUGAUGAGGACUAUCGAGGAAUUCCAGUUCCUCAUGGCCAAUAUUCCCAACAUGAUUCAGGAUAUUGCACCUGGUCUUCUGGAAACGUUGAAAUUGUUCAACUCCCGAUCUUCUCAGUUAAUUCUCGGCGCUGGGGCCACCCGGAGUGCAGGUCUCAAGAACAUCACGACCAAGCAUCUCGCGCUGUCGUCGCAGGCUCUGAGCUUUGUGAUUGCGUUGGUCCCUUAUAUCCGGGAAUUCGUCCGCCGACAUGCGCCGUCUAGCUCAUUGCUGGGUGACUUUGACAAGGUGAAAAGAUUGUUCCAGGAGCACCAAUCCGGGAUUCACGAGAAGCUGGUUGACAUUAUGAGCUCGCGCUCCACCGUGCAUGUCAAUGCCAUGAAGAAGAUUGACUGGGAUGCUAAUGGGAAUACGGCCGUCAAUCCUUACAUGGAGACGCUCACGAAGGAGACUGGAACGCUGCAUCGGGUUCUGAGCAAGCAUCUCCCUGAGAUGACCGUCUCGAUGAUCAUGGAUCCCGUGUUCCGGACGUAUCGAGAACAAUGGACCAAGGCAUUCGAGGAGGUGUCUGUUGAUACAGAGGCAGGCAAGGAGAGGUUGCAACGGGACGCCGAACAUUUCCAGUCUAAGCUGAGCAAGAUCGACGGAUUUGGGGACCUGGGAGAACGUCUUCUUGAGUUGGUUCGACAGAAGAACAUCGCAGCGACGGAAGCUGCUCCUGCUGAGGCUGAUUCCAAAGGCCCGGCCGAGACGAGCGACAGCACUGCCGCAUGA